AUCUAAUAUACCUGUCACUGUCAAAGUCAAUAUUAAUUUGCAUCAUAUUUUUAGGUUACAAAAAAAGUUCCAAGUCCAUUUUUUCAGGUCAAAGUCCAGGUUUAAUUUUAUAGAAAAUCUUAUUUGUAAAUUUGUAAUUGGGGUCCAAGGGUUUGUGUUUGAUACAUUAAGUAAAUACAGUUGAAAUGUCUACCAUACGUUUUUUGGGGGCACUUUCUAGAACGUCCAAAAAUUAUAUUCAAGCAUACAAUCUAUGUCAAACGAGAUGUAUGUCUUCUUUGGAACUUAAACAUUUCAAAUUGAAAGUUGUUGAUAAUGUGGGAGUUAUAACUAUAGAUUCUCCAGGAGUUAAGGUUAAUUCUUUAAAUGAAGAAGUACUUAAAGAAAUUGAAUCAUUGCUUCCCAAAAUUCAAAAUGAUUCCCAAAUUCAAGCAGCCGUUAUCAUUUCCGGAAAACCGGGAGUCUUCAUUGCAGGAGCAGAUGUUAAUAUGCUGGAAACGUGGAAUGAUGCCGAUGAGGGUAUGCAGAACUGCCUCCGAGGACAUAAACUUUUACAAGAUAUCGAGGACAGCAAAAAGCCAUUCAUUUCAGCUAUUCAAGGAUCAUGCUUUGGUUUAGGCGCCGAAUUGGCUUUGGCCACGCAUUACAGAAUCGGCGUUAAAGAUAAGAAGACCUCUAUCGCACUACCAGAAAUUAUGCUGGGUCUUCUUCCAGGUUGUGGUGGCACACAACGACUUCCUCGGUUACUGUCUCUACCAAAUGCCAUGGACCUCAUUUUAACAGGAAAAGCGUUAAGAGCAGAUAAAGCGAAAAAGAUGGGCGUAUUAGAUCUUCUAGUCGACCCUUUGGGCCCCGGAUUGGAUACUCCCGAAGCAAAUACCGCUAAAUAUCUCGAAACAGUGGCUAUUGGUGUAGCUAAGGAUUUGGCAUCCGGAAAAUUGGUACCUAAAAGAGAGAAAAGCCUAACAGAUAAAAUCUUAGCGUAUGCAUUGCAAUUCAAUUUUGUCAAAGACCAAGUAUUUAGUAAAGCAAAGAAGCAAGUAAUGAAACAGACUCAGGGAUUAUAUCCAGCACCUUUAAAGGCACUGGAAGUUCUACGAAUCAGUUUAGACAAAGGUGAAACCGUCGGAUUCAAAGAAGAAGCUCGGGCUUUUGGAGAACUAGCAAUUACACCCCAAUGUAAAGGACUGAUCAGUUUGUUCAAGGGACAGACGCAAUGCAAAAAGAACCGUUUCGGUAAGCCAAAUAAAGAGGUUAAGACUGUCGGAGUUUUAGGGGCUGGUUUGAUGGGGGCCGGUAUUGCGCAAGUCACGAUCGAUAAAGGUAUUCAAGUUGUUCUAAAGGAUUCCAAUAGCGCAGGUUUAGCUCGAGGAGUUAAUCAAAUUUAUACCGGUAUAGACGGUGCUGUAAAAAGGAAAAGAAUAAUAGGAUUGGAAAGAGACAAAUUUAUGUCAAAUUUAAACCCCACUUUGAGUUACGACGCAUUUAGACAAGUUGAUGUAGUUAUCGAAGCAGUAUUUGAAGAUAUUAAUAUUAAACACAAAGUUCUUAAAGAAGUAGAAUCUGUGGUUAAGCCUGAUUGCAUAUUCGCCACCAACACGAGCGCUUUACCUAUUUCGCAGAUUGCAGUUGCAUCCAAAAGGCCAGAAAAUGUCAUAGGUAUGCAUUACUUCUCCCCAGUAGAUAAAAUGCAGUUAUUGGAAAUCAUCACCACCGAUAAAACGAGUAAAGAAGCUACUGCCAUCGCAGUCGACAUAGGUCUUAAGCAGGGAAAAGUAGUCAUCACUGUUGGUGAUGGUCCCGGUUUCUACACAACCAGAAUUUUAUCCGCCAUGAUGGCUGAAAGUAUAAGACUGUUACAAGAAGGCGUGGAUCCUAAAGAUCUAGACUCCCUUACGAAGAAGUUCGGCUUCCCUGUAGGUGCCGCUACCUUAGCAGACGAGGUCGGUUUAGAUGUAGCUGCUCAUAUUGGGCCUAAUUUAGCGCAGGCUUUUGGAGAAAGAUUUUCUGGAGGCGACUUGGGCGUAAUGAGAGAUAUUGUUCAAGCCGGCUUCUUGGGUAGAAAAUCCGGAAAAGGCGUUUACAUUUACGAAAAGGGAAGUAAAAACCGCGAUGUCAACGCCGAAGCACUAGAAAUAGUAAAGAAAUAUUCCUUAGAACCUCGAGGAUCGUUUGAAGAUGAAGACAAAACUUUGAGGAUGGUUACAAGAUUUGUAAAUGAAGCUGUCCUAUGUUUAGAAGAAAAAAUCCUCGCCAAUCCAUUAGAAGGAGAUAUCGGUGCAGUAUUCGGACUGGGAUUCCCCCCAUUCACCGGAGGUCCCUUCAGAUGGGUCGACCAAUACGGAGCAGCCAAACUAGUAUCUAAAAUGGAGAACUUCGAACGUUCCUACGGACUUCCUUUCAAACCUGCUCAAACGCUUAUCGAUAUGGCCAAGGACCCCAGCAAGAAGUUCCAUCCUAAAGUAGCAUCAUAAGUGUUAUGUUAUUCAACGUGCCUUUUUCUAUAAAACGUUUUUUCGGUAUUUAGAAUAUGUUUAUCAAGUUUAUUGUUUUAAUUAGGGAUUAUUUUUUACAUGAUAGUCUCAAAACUAAUUUUUAUAAAAAAUAUUAAAUAAGUACUCUCUGUAAAUACAUAUAUUUUCAUAAAGUU